UAUAUAGAUAUAUAUGCAUAUUAUAUUCUAUGUACUGGGAAACGGACACUCAUACAGAAAGGAUGUUUGCUGGGCAGUGCUACCAGUCACUCCGUGCCUCUUGCCCGGAGAAGGGACAACUGUUCACGGAUCCUGAAUUCUCUUAUAUAAACGCUGACCCGGACGUUAAAUGGAAACGACCACCUGAGCUCUGCCAAAACCCGAAAUUUAUCGAUAGUGGAGCAAGGUCCACCGAUAUAUGUCAGGGGGAACUAGGUGACUGCUGGCUGCUCGCCGCCAUAUCGUCACUCACGCUCCAUCCAGCCCUACUGUCUCGCGUGGUCCCUGAGGAUCAGACUUUCUGCCCCAGUGGAGGCUACUGCGGUAUCUUCCACUUUAAAUUGUGGAGAUUUGGUGAGUGGGUCGAUGUUGUUGUGGAUGACAAACUUCCAACAAAAGGAGGUCGACUUCUGUACACCAAAAGUGACACUCGGGGGGAGAUGUGGAGCACACUUCUGGAGAAAGCCUACGCAAAGGUGUGCGGGGGAUAUUCGGCACUUCAAGGGGGAGCUAUUCCAGAGGCGCUGGAGGAUUUUACUGGGGGUGUAGCCGAAAGUGUCAAUGUGACCAGGCAAAGUGUCGAGGAAAUCUGGGAGCUGGUCAACCAAUCAGAAGGAGACAAGGCUCUAAUGGGUUGCUAUAUAGAGGUAUCAGAGCCCAACGACAUUGGAAGAAUUAAUGACAAAGGUUUAGUAUUGGGACAUGCAUACUCAGUGAUUGGAGCCAAGAAAGUGCAGUCCAGGUUGGGAGAGGUCCUUCUUCUACACCUGAGAAAUCCAUGGGGUUUUACUGAGUACAAAGGAGCUUGGAGUGAUCGUUCUUUGGAUUGGGAAACUGUGUCAGAGAAAGAGAGGAAAGAGUUAAACGUACAGAAGGAAGACGGGGAGUUUUGGAUGCUGUGCAAGGACUUCUGCAAUAUCUUUACCCUCCUCGUCCUCUGCAGAAUCAAUUUAGAUUCUUCUUGUUGGAGUGUCACUAAUCUGAGUGGACGCUGGGAGAGUGGGGUCAGUGCAGGAGGAGGUCGAAGACUCAAAUCCUUCUUCAACAAUCCACAGUUCCGGCUGCACAUUGACGAAGUUUCCAGCCCUGACCAGAAGGUGGACCCAGCGCAGGGGGAGGAGACUUACACUGCCCAAGAAGAGGAUGGGAUAAAGGGUCGUCAAAUCCUUCUACAACUGCUUCAGACUGACCCUAGGAGAGAUAGGCUUCACAUAGCAUGUCACCUGUACAAGGUACCAGAGAGCCUUUCUUUGCGUCCUCGGCUGGACCGUGGGUUUUUCACGCGGAGUCGUCCAGUUUGUGACACUGGGGAUCCUCAGAAUAGCCGGGGAGUGGUGUUACGCACUCUCAUGAACUCAGGAGAAUAUGUCAUCGUGCCUUCUACACACAAUCCCAAUGAGGAGGGAACUUUUCUAAUCAGAGUUUACUGUGAAAAAAUGGGCUGUAUGAAGGAAGACUGUAAGUAAUCUCAGCAAACUACCAGCAGUGCAAAGAUCUUUCUUCCCAGAAAUACGAAUUGAAAUACGUAAACCAAGAGACAUUCACAGCUGGAGCUUCGCAAUCUGAGGACCCUGCAUCCCAUACCCUGUAUGACUCAAUAUAUUAUGCGCCUUCACUUCCUUCGCAAAGGAUGAUUAAAAUCCUAGUUUUUAUCCUACAUCUGCUUCAUUCUUCCAACUUCAUAGAGGCUGACAAUUAGACGCACUGUGUAGCUGCAUAAAUUGUCUCAAAACAAGAGGAGUUUAUUGUUAUCUAUUUUAAUAAA